CGCACCGUUCGCAUCGUUCUGCCUGCGUCGUCGUCGUCCUGCGUUUCGAGCGCGCGCGUCGAAAGAGUGUCGUUUGUGAAUUCAGCUGGUGUUGCGCGGGUGGUGACUUUAUUGGCUGGUGCUGUUGUUGUCAUUCUUCAUGGACUUAGCAUAACUGCUGCUGCUGACCCGGCAGACAUUCUGGACCAUCGACGGUGAAUGUGAAGAUUUUGCUUUAUUUGACGUCAAACAGCUCGGGAGGGAAUAUUUGAGGAAUUUUGUGAAUGAUUGAUCAGUGAAGAUAUCAAAUUUUAAGAUAAGAAAUGUUCCGCUCAACCACACUCGUCCUGCUCACCGCAGUCGUGCAGCACUGCUCGGGCCAGGCCCAGAUCACGGCACUGGACUCGCCACUGUUCGUGGCUCAGUUCCGCAACUUCCGCAACCUGGCGUUCAACUUCAUCGGCACCACCGGCGACAAUGCGAACAAGUUCAAGACCAACUACCGGCAAGGGAAAGUGCAACCCCAGUUUCCAGCGGACGCGCCGUUUUUCUGCAACACGACCGGAAUGCGUAGCCCGACGGUACCGACCUCGGUGGACGCACUCCGGCCGGGCGAUAUCGACGUCGUCGGGGCCAUCGGCGACUCGCUGACGGCCGGGAACGGUGCCAUGGCCACGAACCUGCUGGAGGUGUUUGUCGAGAACAAGGGACUGUCGUGGAGCAUUGGCGGACAGGGCACGUGGCGGCAGUUCCUGACGGUGCCGAACAUACUGAAGGAGUACAACCCGGCCCUGUACGGGUAUCCGAUCAUGGACACGCUUUCGACGCGGAAGGCUUCGCGCUUCAACGCCGCCGAGGCCGGUGGCAUGAGCCAGGAUAUCCCCACUAUGGCAAAGAACCUGGUGAAGCGCAUGCUCUCGGAUCCCAAAGUGGACAUCCAGAACCACUGGAAGCUAAUCACGCUGCUGAUUGGAGGAAACGACUUUUGCUCCAACAUGUGCUAUCUGAACCCACCGGAGAAGGCCCUCAAAUAUCACGAGCAAAAUUUGCUUGCCGUGUUGCGUAUUUUCCGCGAGUAUCUACCACGAACCCUGGUUAACAUCGUCGCCAGUCCAAACGUCGACAUCCUGACCCAGUUCCGGGGCAAGCCGCAAGAGUGCGUCACGCUGCACGUCCUCGAAUGUCCCUGCUUCAUGGCCACGCGGUUCGCAAGCCAGCGCCAGCGGUACAUCAAGAUCAUCGAGCGCUGGAACCGGCUGCAGGAGGACAUUGCCAACCGGACCGAGUUCCACAGCAAGCCGGACUUUAGCGUCGUAGUGCAGCCCUUCAUCAACGAUCUGAGCUUCCCGAAGAAGCCGAACGGGGACACCGACUUUAGCUACAUGUCCUACGACUGCUUCCACCUGAGCCAGAAGGGUUACGCCCGGUCGGCGAACGCCCUCUGGAACAACAUGUUCGAACCGGUCGGACGGAAGGCCCACGACUGGGAGCAGGAAUUUGCGCGCUUCAUCUGUCCCACGCCGGAAAUGCCGUACAUUCGCACCAGGGGUAACAGUUAGGAGGGGGGAAACCUCGGGGCAAUCAAUUAUUUUCAGUGAACAAUCUGUGAUAGAGGUGAAAUGAGAGUGACUUCUAAGCUGCGAAGUUGAAAAGGGGAAUAGGGAGGUCAGGUUAUAAAUGCAAACUUAGUGCAAUAGCAAUCCUAUCAAGAGACUGUCAUUUUGCCGUUUAAAUGUAAGUCAGCUUAGGUCAGUUUAAAGUUAAGGGGGUUCAAUCAUCGACGGCAAACAAUCACGCUUGGGAAAUGUUAGAGCGUACAUUUUCAGUAAAAAGGUAGCUAUUCAUCAAUAAAUUGUUCUUUAAAAAUAAGACUUGGAAUAAAUACUGCUCAAUAAGGUAGGUCAAUAGAAAACUUAUUG